GUCAGUUUACCAGGGUCCAGUAACUAGUAUCAAAAAUGGCGACGUUCUACAAAUUAUUGAGGUUUGGAAGAUGCUGUGUUUUUCUGAAUAAGAAUGUUAACAAUACAAUCGGAAAAUCCCGAUGCUUUCGUACGGUCGUCGAGCAGCCAAAACCAAAAAAUUUCUUGAAAAUCAGUUUAAUCAGCGCCAGUAUCGGUGUUCUGGUUGGUACAGGUUAUUCCUUCAAGAAAAUUAGCCAAGAAAGAAAGAAUAUUGCAUUAGAGGGCACCGAAACACAGAUUGAAUUAUUAAAAUACAAGCCGCCUAUCACUCCCUCACGAAAGAUUGUUUUUCCUACUGACACAACGGGGCUGAAGCUUACAUUAUACCAAUACCAGACGUGUCCUUUUUGCUGUAAGGUACGAGUUUUCUUAGAUUACUAUGGCAUAUCUUAUGAUGUUGUGGAGGUGGAUCCUGUACUCCGUAAUGAGAUUAAAUGGUCAAAUUACAAAAAAGUACCAAUUCUUCUUGCUAAAGUCGAUAAGGGGUACCAGCCAUUAAAUGAUAGUUCAAUGAUUGUCUCAUUAUUAUCAUCCUAUCUAACUGAAAAAACACAAGAAAUGAAUGAACUUGCAAAGUAUUAUCCAAUCAUAGCUAUGCAUGAUGAUGAUGGAAAGUUUAAACAUGAAGUGGUAAAUAAGUAUUUCCUGAUGUAUGGUAGUUCUAUACCCAAAGAUAGAACAAUGAACGAUAUCGUGGAAGAACGUAAAUGGAGAAAAUGGGCGGACGAUGUUCUCGUCCACGUACUAUCUCCAAAUGUGUACAGAUCUUUGGAUGAAGCUUAUCAAACCUUUAAUUGGUUUUCAAAGGUUGGACAAUGGGAGGAAUAUUUCCCUGCUUGGGAACGUGUUAUAAUGAUAAAUGUGGGUGCUUGUGCCAUGUGGUUGAUUUCAAAGCGUCUCAAAAAACGUCAUCACCUUAAACAUGAUGUGCGCGAGUCGUUUUACGAUGAAGUGAACUAUUGGUUAGAUGGUAUUCGUGCUGGUGGUGGCCAAUUCAUGGGGGGUGACAAUCCAAAUCUCUCUGAUUUGGCAGUGUAUGGAAUUUUGAAGAGUAUUGAAGGCUGUGAAGCAUUUAGAGACCUUCAAAAAAAUACGGAUGUUAGUGUGUGGUAUAAUGCCAUGAGAGAGAAAGUUGACGGACAUGCAGGAAGUGAAUUUAUAAAUGGUUAACACAUGAAAAGUUGUCCAUAUUUACAGUCAUUUAUUAAUUUAAAAAAUAAAUAGUGUUAAAAGUA